AUGAGACCUGCCGCCGACAGGUCCCCGCUCGCGGUCCUCGCGGUGGCCGUCGCCUGGGCCAGCUUGCGCGCGGUCGAGGGCUGGGGCACGCCGGCCUGGCUGGAGGCGGUCUGCCCGGCGGUGCCGCAGUGCCCGCCCUGCCCCUCCUGCUCGUGUCAGCAGGCGGAGUUCCAGGGGCCGACUCCAACCGAGCAGGCCGUGUUGUUGCUGGUGCCGCCCGCCGCUCCGCUGCGGGACGAAAUGGCGCUCUUCGUGUUCGGCGAGGAGGAGGAGUGGUGCAGUGACCUGGCCCCGGACCAGUACGUGGCCAUGGAAUACCGGGGGGACGAAGUGGACCAUGAGCGGAUCUUCCUGUAUCCGUGGGGCGGUGGGGUGUGUUGGAUUCGCAGUCAUGGCGGCGACGAGUACUUCCAGGACGAGGCGCGUCAGGCGGAGUGCCGGCCUGGCCAGCGGCCGAUCGCGUCCGAGCGUGUGCAGCAGCCCGGCGGUGAGCUGAUGCCGAUCGCGCGCUUCUUUGGAAGUAGCUUCCUGCCUGAGCUUGGCGUGCGGCUGCGGCUGCGGGUGGGCGAUGAUCCGCCUUGGUGGCUCAGAGAGUACCUGCGUGAGGAGAGGCUCUCUAACUCAGACCGCGUGGCCCGUGUGCUUCGCUGCAUCUGCGAGUCUAUGUACCCGGCGGGCUGCUAUGACCAGGUGAACCUGGGCGGGCCGAUGGCGCUGGAGGUGCUCUUCAAGCGGCUCGCAGGCAUCGUGGCCGCGCGCGCCAACCCGCAUCGGGUGCAGUGGGACGUGGCGAAGAACUACGCCGGCGUGCAGUCGGCCGAAGACGUGGCGCGCCCGGUGCUGCGGGCGCAUGUGGCGCGCAGGAUGCGCGAGGAGCGCGAAGGCCAGCAGGCGCUGCGAGGUCGCCUGGACAUGGUGAACGACGCGCUGAAGGCAUUGAAUUGCAUGGCAGGUAGCAGGGAAUUUUCUUGGGCUGCUCGCGGCCCUGACGUGCUGCCCGACGAUAUGCAGGCAGACGUCCAGCGGAGGGCGUGCGAGUUGGCGGGCAGCUGGCGCCCGCGCCCUUCGCAGCUCAGCGACGAGGCGGCUCUCGAGAAGCUGCUUCAGGGGCACUCCCCGUGUCGGGCGGCGGGAUGUCCGACAGGGGUCACGUCCUUUAAGCUCGACCUUGUGAGCCUCCCUGGCUCGGUGCGAGGGCGCCCGCUGAUCAGUGACGUGGCGCCCUCUGAGGUGGGUCUCAUUACGGUGGAGAAGGACGGCGGCGCGGCUCGGAGUCUCAUCGUCGAUGCCAGGCGGGCCAACGAGUGCUUCCUGGCUCCACCAGGCGUCUCGCUCAUGAGCUCGGAGGGUCUUUCUCGCAUGGCGAUCGAGCUGCCCGCCGACGCGCCGCUGGGCUCGGAGCGCGCCACCGAGCUGCUGAGCGACUUCUACCCGUCGAUCCGGCUCUCGGACGUCUCGAACUGCUUCCACCGGCUACACGUGCUGGCGUGGCGCUCGAGCAGUUGGAGGCGCGAGGGCCUGCUGCGGCACAAGUCCGAGCUCUCGCGCGCUGGCAUCGUCGCGCUGGGCGCGGAGCCGGACGGGGCCGCCCUGCGGACGCGGGUCGCGCCCGGGCGCUUCUGGAGCAUCCAUGGGGCGCUGGGGGCGCUGCUGCGGCGCCAGCUGGCUAGUGCCUGGUCGCUGGAGGUCGCCCUCGGCCACUGCGCGUUCGCCGCCCUGUGCUGCCGCGGGCUGCUCAGCAUCUUCCACUCGGUCUACGCCUUCGUGGGGCGAGGCCGCGCCUCGGGCAGGGUGGAGCCGCUGUGGGGCGAGUGCCGUGCGGAGCUGCGCGUCUUCAGAACGCUCAUGGUCUUCAUGAUGAGCGACUGGCUGCGCGGCUGGAACGAGCUGGUGGCGCAGACCGACAGCAGUCUCGAGGGCUACGACGUGGCUCAGGCGCUCUGGCCCAUGCAGGCCGUGAGAGAGGUGGGGCGCACCUCUGAGCGCCAGCGCUUCCGUCGCGCUGGCUCCCAUCGGGCCCGAGAGAGUGCCCUCGGGGCCGCGGGCUUCAGUCGGCAGGCGGACGGCAGCUGGUCAGUUGCGAUCGUCGCGGAGGGCGACGAGGAUGAGCCUUCCUCGGAUGCGGCGCCAGACUGGGAGGACGUCCAGCUAGCCCUGCGCGAGAGGCUGGGUUGCAGGCGCCAGGAGAUGUGCCUUCCCGAGAGCGAGGGGCUGCUGAGGCGCGAGCCCGAGCUGGCCGACGUCGGCGAGAGCAGCAACGCCGACGACGAGGAGAGCUCGGUGGCGCCGCGGGUGCUGGAGCGAUGCCAGGCUGAAGUGGCCGGCUUCGCAGACUUCGCCGAGGGCCGCCCGCUGGUGCGCGACGUGCAGGUCGACGGUGUCCUGUUCUUCAAGGGCUGGGGCGCGCACGAGGGCGAGCAUCUUCUGGCUGGUUUGAUGUGUCUGGCUCCGGAGUUCUCGCGGGCUGGCCGCCGCCAGCUCCCCCGGGCCUUCCGCUGCCUGAAGGGUUGGUGGCGCCGAGGCCCAGGUCGCAGCAGGCGGAGCUGGCCGCUGGCCUUGUGGGCUGGAGUGGCAUGGGGGCUGACGGAGCGUGGCUUCCUGCAGAUGGCGCGGGGCAAGACCAACCUCAGCGACGUCAGCAUCGUGGUGGAUUUGCCGUGCCUCCAGUUCCUGGGGCUCAUCCUGAAGGUGCUGGCCAGCGGGCCCGGGGAGGACGUGGCGUGGACAUUCGCGUGCCCACAGCACCUCCCUGGUCGAGCUCGGGAUCACCGAGGUCGCUACAUCUUCGACCUCUGCUCAGGCAAAGGAGGUGUCGCGCGGGCAGCGACCCAGCAGGGUUGCAACGCUCGCGCGUGCGAUCGGGCCCGCGGGCCCGAAGAGGACCUUGCAGACCCGAGGGUGCUGGGCCGCCUGGCCGCGUCGAUCAGGCGCAGAGAAGUGCUGGGGGCGGUGAUGGGCCCUCCGUGUGAUGCCUGGGGUGGAGCCGCGGACCGCGGGCUGGAUGGCCCCAUUCGCUCGAAGAUAGAGCCGUGGGGACUACCCGAGGCGUCGCUCGCGCAGCGGCAGUGUGAGAGGACGGGUAAUGCUCUGGAUGAGUGCGAGUACGAUGCUUCGAGCCUGCAUCAGCUCGUGAAGGCUGGACGAUGCUUGGAGUGUGCCUCUCGGGGCCUCUCCGCAGGGCCCGGCCUCGUGCUGUUCUUCCGCUACAGCUACAGCUACAGCUGCAGCUACAGCUACAGCUACAGCUACAGCUACAGCUACAGCUACAGCUACAGCUACAGCUACAGCUACAGCUACAGCUACGCUACAGCUACAGCUACAGCUACAGCUACAGCUACAGCUCAGCACAGCUACAGCUACAGCUACAGCUACAGCUACAGCUACAGCUACAGCUACAUCUACAUCUACAUCUACAUCUACAUCUACAUCUACAUCUACAUCUACAUCUACAUCUACAUCUACAUCUACAUCUACAUCUACAUCUACAUCUACAUCUACAUCUACAUCUACAUCUACAUCUACAUCUACAUCUACAUCUACAUCUACAUCUACAUCUACAUCUACAUCUACAUCUACAUCUACAUCUACAUCUACAUCUACAUCUACAUCUACAUCUACAUCUACAUCUACAUCUACAUCUACAUCUACAUCUACAUCUACAUCUACAUCUACAUCUACAUCUACAUCUACAUCUACAUCUACAUCUACAUCUACAUCUACAUCUACAUCUACAUCUACAUCUACAUCUACAUCUACAUCUACAUCUACAUCUACAUCUACAUCUACAUCUACAUCUACAUCUACAUCUACAUCUACAUCUACAUCUACAUCUACAUCUACAUCUACAUCUACAUCUACAUCUACAUCUACAUCUACAUCUACAUCUACAUCUACAUCUACAUCUACAUCUACAUCUACAUCUACAUCUACAUCUACAUCUACAUCUACAUCUACAUCUACACAUCUACAUCUACAUCUACAUCUACAUCUACAUCUACAUCUACAUCUACAUCUACAUCUACAUCUACAUCUACAUCUACAUCUACAUCUACAUCUACAUCUACAUCUACAUCUACAUCUACAUCUACAUCUACAUCUACAUCUACAUCUACAUCUACAUCUACAUCUACAUCUACAUCUACAUCUACAUCUACAUCUACAUCUACAUCUACAUCUACAUCUACAUCUACAUCUACAUCUACAUCUACAUCUACAUCUACAUCUACAUCUACAUCUACAUCUACAUCUACAUCUACAUCUACAUCUACAUCUACAUCUACAUCUACAUCUACAUCUACAUCUACAUCUACAUCUACAUCUACAUCUACAUCUACAUCUACAUCUACAUCUACAUCUACAUCUACAUAUACAUCUACAUCUACAUCUCCAUCUAUAUCUACCCUCUUCCACGUCCCCCGGGGCGCGCCGCCCCGCUUCGCCUCGCCGGGGUCCGCGGCGGCGGCGGCCGCCGCCGUCAACGCGCAGCAGGCGUACACCUCCGAGCUGAGCCGAGUGCUACGAGCUGCAAUGGGCGGCGACGUCCUCUCGCCGACGGCCACGAGGGGCACCUCGACGCUGCUAUCGGUAGAAGACGCCACGCACGAGGCUCUGGUCUGGCUGCAGCCGCUGGCGCAGCCGCCCCUCCAGCGGACCUCGUCCGCGGCCAGCCUGAAGGUGCCCGUCCCCGCCGGCGCCUGCAGCCGGGACGACGGCGCGGCGCGCAAGGGCAAACCCCGCAGGGCCUCUUCCUCCAGCGACCUCGCGCGCGGCGGGGCAGCCGCCGCGGUGUCCGAGGCAGAGGCGGGCUCCUCAGGCGGCGGCCCUCCGCCGCAGUCGCUGCCUCCAGUAAGCCCGCAGCGAGCGCCGGACCCCGCCGCGGGCCCAGGGCCUCCCCCGGCCGCGUCGCUGCGCGCCUGGUGCGACGAGCGCGGCUCCCGGGGCCGCUGGGGCGGCCUGGGGCGCAGCUCGUCCUGCGGCUCGCUGAGCCGCGGGGCCGGCCCGGGGUCGCGGAGCGCCUCGCGGGGCUCGCAGGGCCUGGACGCGGAGGCCGCCACCCCGCGGCAGCUCUGGGAGGCGUCCACGCGGACCGGCUCCCACAGCCUCCACUCCGCCACGGGCUCGCGGGCGGGGUCCGUGGCCUCGUCGCGCCCAGGGUCCGUCUGCUCCUCGAGGGCGCCGUCGCUGACCUCGGUGCGCGAGCGCGACGCGCCGGCGCCGCCGCUGCAGCGGCAGGCCGCCUUGCCGGAGGGCCAGCGGGGGGCCCCGGAGCCCGCCGACUCUUGGCCCGGCGGGGCGGAGCAGUCUGCCAGGCAGCCGCGCCGUCUGUCGCUUCGUCGCGGGGGGUGGACAGCGCAGCCGCAAAGGGACGCCCUGGAGCACGAGCCGACGGGGCAGCAGCUUUCCUGGAACGACCUGCUGUCCACCGCGGAACAGCAGCGGGGCUGUGACGGCAGCACCACGGGUGGCAUGCCAGGCGUGCCGGUGCCCGAUGCCUCCGCGGAGGAGAGCCCCGGGGGCUGGGCGGAGUCCAGGCAGGGCAGGAGCUCGGUCGCUGCGGGGGACCAUCGGCCACGGGUGAGCCGCUCGAGCAGCCAAGGCCGCCCCUCGCCCUUCACUCUGGUUUCCGCUCCUCCCCCGCUCUUUCUCCGCUUCCUCCCCUGCUCGUUCUUCUCGCUUCUCCUCCCCCUCCUCCU